AUGGUUAGCUCACUGGUGCUGGUUUUCAGUGUAGUCCUCAUUGCACUGGUAAGCUUCGGCACCCGGCAGGCCGAGGCUCGUGCUUUUUUCGUGUUCGGAGACUCAUUGGUCGACAAUGGCAACAACAAUUACUUGGCGACCCAGGCUCGUGCCGACGCUCCCCCUUAUGGCAUCGACUAUCCAACUCGUCGAGCAACCGGCCGUUUUUCUAAUGGCUACAACAUCCCUGACUUCAUCAGUCAAGCACUUGGUGCAGAACCCACAUUGCCUUACUUGAGUCCAGAGCUCAAUGGUGAAAAUCUACUCGUUGGUGCCAACUUUGCUUCUGCUGGCAUUGGCAUCCUCAAUGACACCGGAGUUCAGUUUGUGAACAUUAUCAGAAUGUACAGGCAAUAUGAGUACUUUGAACAAUACCAGCAAAGGCUGAGUGCCCUAAUCGGACCUGAACAGACGCAGCAGCUUGUAAACGACGCACUUAUACUCAUGACAGUGGGCGGCAACGAUUUCGUCAACAACUACUACUUGGUUCCUUUCUCUGCUAGAUCCCGUCAAUAUGCUCUUCCAGAUUAUGUCGUAUACCUCAUUUCCGAGUACAAAAAGCUUCUUCUGAGGCUAUACGAGCUUGGAGGGCGUAGGGUUUUGGUGACAGGUACAGGACCAUUAGGCUGUGUUCCAGCUGAGUUGGCCCAGCAUAGUGUUAAUGGCGAAUGCGCAUCCGAGCUUCAAAGAGCUGCGAAUCUCUAUAAUCCACAACUUAAUCAGAUGCUAAGUGAUCUCAACAGGGAAUUAGGCGCCGAUAUCUUCAUUUCUGCUAACACUCAGAUGAGUCACUACGACUUCGUCUCCAACCCUGAAGCAUUUGGAUUUACUACUUCUAAAAUCGCCUGUUGCGGCCAAGGGCGUUUCAAUGGGCUGGGAUUGUGCACUGCAUUGUCCAACGUGUGCCCGAACAGAGAUAUAUAUGCUUUCUGGGAUGCAUUUCAUCCAUCGGAAAGGGCGAACCGAUUAAUUGUCGACAAAAUUAUGACCGGAUCUACCGAGUACAUGAACCCCAUGAACCUCAGCACCAUUUUGGCUUUGGACUCCAGGACCUAG